AUGUCAACAAACACAAAAGCCAUCACGUUCACACAGGAAGAGAACACCGGACACCCUUGUGCUUUGUACGUUACUUUGUUACUGGCAGCGUUUCAACCUGAUGCUGUCAAGCUGCGUAUCAUACAGACGCAACAGACAUCAGAGAAAGUGGAGACUGUCUUCCUGAUGACAGAGCCAUGUGACCAGGACCAGCCAAUGGCGGACCAGCCUCAGGAGGUCCCGGUGAUGAGGAAGACUCUGACGUAUGAAGCUCCAGGGAGCCGAGUUGACUCUGAUCCUCCUGCAGGUUUACUGCUGAGCUCCCAGACCUUUACUGCAGAGACUGCCAACACCACCACCACCACACACAUCACCAAGACGGUGAAAGGUGGAAUCUCAGAAACCAGAAUCGAGAAGAGAAUUGUGAUUUCUGGAGACACGGAAAUCGACCACGACCAGGACUGAAGCUGGAAGCCUCUGAUGCAUCAUGGAGUCGUAGUCUAGACCACAGAACCAACUGAGGACACCCCGAGCACACACACACACACACACACACACACACAACAGCACCUGUCUGUCUGCCAGAGACUCACAGACAGACAGACAUACAGAGAGUCAAAGUGACAGACAGUCAUACAAACGGUCAGACAAACAGACAGACAGACAGGUGAGACACGCUGCUGUGAUGUCAUCAACACAUUCCCAUGGCAACCUGAACCGAUCAACCUCAGAUGAACUUUCAGAUUAAAACUCAUUUACUUCCUUGUUCAACAAGCCCCACUCCACACACCUGGCAGGUGAAAGCACGCGUCUGAUUGGCUGGUGUUUGACUGGCAGGCGUCUGAUUGGCUGGCUGCCUCAGGUAUUCUGCAGCUUUAGGAAACAUUCACAGACCAGUUUGCACUGCCUCCUUUAUUGUGAAAGUGCGUGGAAACUGUUUCCUGUGAGGUGUAAAUUAGCAUGACGGCUAACACUGUAUUUACCCACAAUGCAAUAGUUAUGUGCCAUUCUCUCAUCUCGCCAUGGAAACCCUCGUUAGCAUUUAUUUUAUCCACC